GCGCGUUAGGGUCUGUGUGUUUUACAGAAGUACACUGACUGUUACCUGUGGAUCUGCUGAACUUCAAUGGGACUUUAUUGAUAAAGUGAUCCGAAUCGACACUUUUCCUAGGCCUAUCACACUGAGAGAUCCUGACUGGUCCUUUGUUAUGAUGAAGGUCUCUACAUUGAUGACCUGCACCCUCAGUUCAUCAUUCUUGGGAUUUAUUGGGACUCUGAGUAUUGGAACUCUGAGUAUUGACUCCAGAUGAAACCACAUCAGCCAGGAAUCUGCUAAUAUCUGUUGAAUCUGAACCAGCACCAAAGUUCAGAUUCAAGAUGUUCAUAAACAUGCGUAGGUUUAGAAAAUACCAACAGCUAGGGCUAAUCGCAACAUGCUUCACUAUCUUCUUCAUAUUGGUGAACUGGGAAAAGCUUGACAAUAAAAUUGUAACCCACGUCAAAGCCUACACGUACCGCUACCUGUGGAAUAACUUCAAGUUCAUUAAUACAAGUUUUAGAGUCAGUCCCAUAGAAGCUAUGAAGUACCACAAUUAUACAUACCUGCUAAAUCAAGAAAAGAAAUGUGGUGCAAGAGACAUUCUGCUUUUGCUAUUUGUGAAGAGCUCCUCUGAGAACUUUGACAGAAGACACGCCAUCCGUUCUACUUGGGGGAAUGAGGUGUACGUGAAUAACAUGUUUGGGGUCACUGUUAAAGUGCUGUUUGUUCUUGGUGUUCAUCCUGAGCCAAAGUGGAGAAAAAUGCUCAAGCCGCAAUUGAUCUUAGAGGACAAAAAAUACAAAGACCUCAUCCAGCAGGACUUCAUAGACACUUUCCACAAUCUUACCCUUAAGCUCCUUUUGCAGCUCAGCUGGAAAGAAACCUACUGCCCCCAUGCCAAGUUCUUCAUGUCUGCGGACGACGACGUCUUCGUCCACAUACCAAACUUAAUUCGGUACUUGCAGAAGAUCAGCCGCAGUGAUGCGAAAACGCUUUGGAUAGGAAGGGUGCACCGCGGAUCUCCGCCCGACCGGGAUAAGGCAAGCAAAUACUAUGUUUCUCAAGAUAUGUACCCGUGGUUGUCCUACCCGGAUUACACCCCUGGAUCCGGAUACGUCCUCUCCAAGGAUGUGGCUACCAAAAUGUAUCAGGCUUCACGCACCUUAAACGCUUCCCUUCACAUUGAUGAUGCCUUUCUUGGCAUCUGUGCUACAAUUAUGGGCAUCUCUCCGAAGGACCACGUGUUUUUUUCUGGAGAGGGAAAAGCUCCUUAUCACUGUUGCAUCUACAACCAGAUGAUGACUUCACAUGGCCACGUGAGUGACAUCUAUGAAGUCUGGAGGAUGGCAACAGAUCCUCAAGUUACUCAGCUGUCCUCAGGACUUUUUUCGAGACUCUACUGCACCCUUGUAAAAGUGAGGCUGCUAUGUGUGCCAUUUUUUUCAAACUCAUAUCCAUGCAAGGCAUCUUUUUUGUAGACCAUGCAACUUAGGGUAUGUUUACACGUACAUGGUUAUUUUGAAAAACGGAGACAUUUACCUUCGUUUGCGCCCUUCGUUUACACAUAAACGUAGAUUUCGCCUCUGAAAUUGAUUCAUUCUAAAAACUCCGGCCAAAGUGGAUAUUUUAAAAACCUUUGUAUGCACGUUUGCAUGUAAACUGAGACAAACGGAUGUUUAGGCGGCCAAUGUCACAGCAUGUGCCAGAGCUCGCACCUACGUCAAAAGUGCGACCUAUGUUUACAUGUGACUGCUACUCUGAACGCUUACAUGAUCACAUUUAUGUUCGUGCAAACUCGUUUCGUGU